AUGAAGAAACACAGAAGUUCAGGGAAAAGUAUCGUGUACUUGGAUGAAACCUGGAUUAACCAAAAUUACUCAAUGUCCAAAUGCUGGGUAGACAGCACGGCAGAGAAGGUCAUGGGAGUGAGAGAAGGGUUCCCGCUUGAUUUUGCUUCACGCAGGAACGAGAGAUGGAUUUGUCCCUGGAGCAACCCUCGUUUUCCAAGCAAAGAAUUCAUAGUGAUGGAUAAUGCAUCCUAUCACUCAAGGAAAGUGGAUAAGCCACCAACUACUGCAAACAAGAAAGCAGAGAUCCAAGAAUGGCUGGAAAAGAAGGGUGUUGCAGUGCCAGACGGUCUACUUAAGACUCAACUCCUGCAUCUUGUCACUCGCCACACUGCAGCCGCUGACACACAAUAUGUCAUUGAUAAGACUGCCUCAGAACAUGGGCAUAAGGUUGUACGCUUACCCCCAUACCACUGCAACUAUAACCCAAUAGAACUGAUUUGGGCACAGGUUAAAGGGUAUGUGGCAAAGAGAAACACCUUUAAGAUUGCAAACCUGAAGCCACUCGUCCAGGAGAGUCUCAACAGCAUCACGGCAGACAACUGGAAAAAUGCUGUGAGACACUGA